UUAGAACUUACUCUUUAAUCUUUGAGUUCUGUCUUUGGUUGAAAGUAUAACCUAAAAAGUAAAAAUGGCUUACUGAAAUUGAUUUAUAAAAUUAUUUCUACGGCAAACAUGAGUGUGUUCAUCAAAUAUAAUAAACCGGGUAGUCUCGGUACUAUAUUUAACGUACAAGUACUAUGGCGGUUCAAUUCUACAACAGCGGAAACAGUGAGAAAAGAGGAAGAUGAAGAAUUUCGUGUACUAGAUAUAUUAAAGAAAAGAGAUCGACAGCAAAAGAGAACAGCUAGAAAAGUUAAUAUACAACCAGAUCGUGCCGAUAAAAUGGCCACUGAUCAGAAUUGGGGCAAUGUCUGGCCAGGUCCUAAAACCUUCCAUCCUUCAUCUGUGCCAUUACCUCUCCGUCAAGGCUAUGUUCCCAAAGGUCAGGCACCGCCUGGCAAGAAAGCCAAUGCCGAGCUUAUGAAGAUACCCAACUUCCUGCAUCUAACACCACCUGCUAUAAAAACACAAUGCGAAGCAAUCAAAAAAUAUUGUACGGAAUGGCCAAAAUUACUUAAUUCCGAAGAUGCUAUUGCAAAACAUUACCCCGUUGAAGUUAUUACAUCUGACUACUGUCAUGCUAGUCCCACUAUUCGUAAUCCAUUAGCCAGGAUUGUUCACUUGAGAGUGAAAUUAUCAACUUUAAACUUAGAUAAGCAUGCUAAAGAUAAAUUUCUAAGGUUAGUCGGUGAUUGUUAUGAUGAGAAGACGGAUUUCGUUACAUUUAUAUCUGAUAGGUGUCCGAUGAGGAAACAAAAUUUGGACUAUGUGAAUUAUUUAUUAACAGCGUGUUAUCAUGAAUCGUGGAACGUUGAAGAAUGGGAGAAAGAAAAAUGUGAAGACGAUAUGGAGUAUUACGAUUGGGAUAAUAAUGCAUCUAAGAAGAGUUUAGUUAAUUGGCACUUACGUUGUAAUAAUCAAGAAAUAAAUAUAACAGAUGAGGAAUAUAAGAAUUAUGAUAUAUCUAAGAUUUCUAAUGCAAAUGGUUACAAGGAAGCCGUCUCUAGUUUAAUGAAUGAUGGAGAAAAUGAAGAUACUGUAAAGAAUUAUGGUUCAGCUGUAAGAAAACUCUUCGGUUUACCUGAAAGGAAAUUUAUACAAUCUUAAUAAUGUAAAAUAAAUGUAGUUUG